UGUCGGGGAUCGUGGGUUGUCGUGGUAGCGCCUUUGGCGGUCGUGUCGAGGUUUUUGCCAUAAAAAUUGUUGGGUUUUUGUGGUCGGAUUUUCAGAAUUGUUAAGUAUAAUUGAUUUUAAUUGCAUUUUUCUAGAUGAUUCUAAAGAAGCUUUUACUGAAAUAUUAGCUGUAUUUCGAAUUCUUGCUAAGUGUCAGUUCAUAGUGUGCACUUUCAGUAGCAAUGUAAGUGUCAAAAUAUAUUUUUUAACUGAAUAAAUAAAGGCCUGUCAAUUAGUUUAUGAGCUAAUGCAAGUAUAUCAAGGUGAUGCAGUCGAAAAUAUACAUUCACUUGAUUAUAUUUAUGAAAUGAAACACCCAAUAAUGCCAGAGGAGCUUUGGGCAGAGAAGGGAGAUGUUAUUGGUAUGCUAAAAGUUCUAGCUAAAGCUUUAAGUCCAGUCCAUCAAGAUGGAUUUAUUAGAGCGAAGAAUUACCGGUUAAAAAAAGUAGGAAGUUUUCCCAUGUAUUUGCUUAAAAAACAUUUGAAAUUUGAAAAUUUUUCAAUAUUUGCUAAUAUUCAAUAA